AUGUGCUUUUCCAAAAACACCAUCUGGGCCUGUCACCGAUGCGGAACACACAUCGACAAUCAACAAACACCCGUCGGGUAUUGCCCCGACGUCAAGAAGAGAGAAAAGUGCUUCCGCGCCUUCGUCAACGUCUUCGUCGCCUGCGACCCGGCCCUCUGUCUCUACUGCGGCUUCCACAAACACGAAAUGUACGAUGAGGUCGAGCACCGAGUAUGGGACAUGUCGCUAGGUCAGGGCUUGCUUGGAUCUCGCCGUGUGAAAUACUUUUGGGGAUUGGAUCCUGCUCCGACGUGGGAGGCCUUUGAAUCGGCGGAGCAGGAACGUAUUGCUGAUGUGGCUAAAAUGAGAGCUCCGUGGCGCUCAGGAGAAUCGCAUAACAGCACGCACCAGGCCGCGUGA